GUGCGUGGUGAGCUGACAGCCGAAGCUGGUUGUGUUUGUAUCUAAGAGGGGGAAAAAAAAUAAUAAAAUACAAGUACAACAUGGCGAUGUAAGAGCAGAAUAUUACGAAACGCCUGAGUCAGACAACAAGUUAGAGAUGGUUAAUUAUUGUCUAGGAGCCUGCUUAAUGAUGUAGGCAUGAUAAGGUUGACUGACACAUGAUCUCCUCAUUCCUGGCAGCUGCUCCGGUUCUUGUUGUAUCAGCGCAAUCUCAGAAGUGAGCAGGAAUGUGGAGACUCGCAGCGCCCUGUUAAAACUCCCUCUGCCUCAUGCCCGCUUGGAGCGCCUUUCUUUUCUUUUUUCUUUCCUUUUCUUUUUUUAAAAAUACGUAAGCUGGAAGGUAACAGUGGGCAGAAUCAUCACACAGACGGGCUGAGCUGGAGUCUAUGCUGUUACUGGAUUGCUCAACGCUUGUGUCACCAAGAGGCUGGACUGGUCGGGCGGAGUGUUUGAGCUCAACAUCAGUGGAGCGCACUCACUCUCAACCUCUGCGAGUGAGGCGGUCUCUUUCUCUCUCUCUCUCUCUCUCUUCCUCUCUUUGUCUGUCUGUCUUUUCCCUUCUUUCUCUGUCGGAGCUUUUCAGGAUUGGAUUCCCCCCACCCCCCUCUCUCUCCCUCCUCACUGAAAGUACCUCUGAAGAGCAGGACGUUGGAUUUUACUGUUCUGAGAAGUCUCCGACGGGAAGAAAUGGAGCGCACAGUUGACAUAUUCUGCUAGGACGCAUCUUGAACAAGUGGACUCCCUCUUCAAUUUCUGAAUCUCAUUUUGUCCUAAAUGGUGAAUCGGCCCUUCAGGAUGAACUUGCAGUGCAGCAGCCCGGUGGUUCCCUGCAUCCGCAGAGUCGCCCACAAGCGCCUGGACUCGGACGAUCAGCCGCCGGCGAAAUGCGCGAGGCUGAGCGCCGAUUCGGGGGACCCGCAGGGACUCCUCGGCACGUCCCCCAGCUCCCCGGUCAGCCCCGCAGCCAACCCGGUCCCCGCCACCCACCAAGGACCGUCCAGGAUAGGAGCGUUCUUGCUGCUGCCCCUGGCGGACCGGGAGAGCCUCCACGGCGCGAUGAACACCGACACCGGCGAUGAGCUGCUGUGCAAGGUGUUCGACAUGGGGGUGUACCAGGAGAAGAUCAGAGCUUACGGCGUUCUGCCGCCUCACAGGAACGUGGCUGGCAUCAGGGACAUCAUCCUGGGGGAGCGCAAGGCCUACGUCUUCCUGGACAAGGACUUUGGGGACAUGCACACCCUCGUGAAGAGCUGCAGGCGCCUGGACGAGGUGCAGGCCCGCAGACUGUUCCGGCAGGUGGUCCUGGCCGUGGCACACUGUCACCAGGCGGGCAUCGUGCUGGGCGACCUCAAGCUGCGCAAGUUUGUCUUUGCGGAUGAGAAAAGGACACACGUGAGACUAGAGAGCCUCGAGGACUGCCGCAUCCUGGAGGAUCCCAACAGAGACUCUAUGUCAGACACCCACGGGUGCCCUGCCUACGUCAGCCCCGAGAUCCUCAGCGGCUCAACGCCGUACUCCGGCAGGAUGGCCGACAUGUGGAGCCUGGGGGUCAUGCUGUACACCAUGCUGGUGGGUCGCUACCCCUUCCACGACCCAGACCCGGCCACUCUGUUUUCCAAGAUCCGCAGGGGCCAGUGCUGCUUGCCGGAAGGCUUGUCGCCGAAGGCCAAGUGUUUGCUCCAGAGCCUGCUGAGGAAAGAGCCUUCAGAGAGACUAACGGCGGCCGAGCUGCUUGCUCACCCGUGGUUCCACCUGCCGCCGUCGCCACAGGAUGUAGCAUCGGGUGAGCAGGAGGUGAACUCGGCGGAACAGACAGUGCCAUCCUUUGAAGUGGAGGAGAACGACGACCUGUUCUGUUGACAGACGCGGCUGAGAGCCUGACUAAGAGACCAAAACAGAUCUCUGAGGGGAGUCGUCGUCAUUGUUGUCGUUUUUGUACAUUGGCACUUUUUAGAAACCUGUUUGUGUUUGUGUACUGGUAUGUGUACAUACAACCUCAAGCUUUCUACAGAAACUCACUGUACUGUAUUCCCAUGUCUUGUAUGUGUUACUUUGCUAAGGGCAUUGCUUACAAUGGUCAGUCAUUGUGCAAGUUGUGCAUUUUAAAACAAUAGCUGGUGCUAAAAGAAAUCACAAUGAUUCAAAAUUUGUCAGAUCGUUUUUAAAAGAAUAUUCUCUGCAGGCUUCUGUGAGUGUAUCACAUGAAUUUUAAACCCCUCUCUCUCUCUCUGUCUCUCUCUUUUGCAUUCAUGCACCUUCACAAAGCAUUAGCUGAAUCUUAACUGCGAUGGCCAGGGCUGUUGUUCCUCUCACUCUCUGGCCAGGCUGCGGCUGACUCAAUAGCUGACUCGAGGACGGUUUGAGCUCGAGCCCGACGUCCGCGAGCAGACAGUGACACAAAGUAGGAAAGAUGGUUUAGCAAGGGACUCGUGUGUCACACUCAGCGUGACACUACGGAGGUGUCUCACUGCCAAUCUGGCAAUGUCUGAGCGGAGAUCAUUUACAAAUCUCACACCAUGUGCAGAAGGUUGAGAAAGGCAGGAUGUUGUUGGUGUAAGACUUGUCACGCUCAGUCAGCAAAUAAUAGUGACACCAGUUCUGAAAGAAGUUCUUGUAAAUAGCCGAUACAUUGAAGAAAUGUCUGAUCUGACCAUGCAGCUGGGAACGGGCCAGUAUGAAAUUCUCACGCUAAAACAUUGGUUUGAAUUUCUGUGUAUUUAGAUAAAACCUCAAUCAACUAAUCUGUUGACCGACAGAUUAGUUGAUUGACAACUUGAUCUAAAAAAAAAGGAAAGCACCAUUAUUGCUAUUUGGAAAGACAGGAUGAAUUUAGUUUAAUUUAAAGUGCUUAUUGUCCAUGAAAUUACCCAUUUUGCUGCUGGCUAACUCACAUUAGCUGGCUAUUUGCUGUGCAGCUCUUAGCUGGCACAUUGGACUUUUAAAACAGCAUUGCUUUGUAAGAGCAGCGGCUGCUUCUCUGUUAGGUCAAGCAGCGUGGCUUGCUGUUGUUUCAAGGCUAAAAAUAUUUCCAAGCAGGCAAAUUUUCUCUUUUUGUAAGAACGUGAAGCAGCCUUCUUUUGGUUAGCUGAGCCAAAAACGUGAGCAGAAGUAGGCGAGGGCUUUACUGCCCUGCUAUACGCUAUAAUAACUGGAGAAAACUCUACCCACUCUGGUACUUUCUCCCAAGUGGAUUUCAAUCCAUAGGAACUUAAUGACAGGUGAUUUUCACUGUCUUAAAAUCGUAACUUUUUGAAACUUUGGCACACCGGGAUACCAAAAAACUGGCCAAUGCCAACACUUCGGUUUUUAGGAAUAAGUCUUAUCACCCAACACUAAGUUGUCACGGCAGUCAGAAACAGAAAGCGCCACGUUGCAUUAAAAAAAAUAUAAAUUUCUCUGUGAAGUGGUCAAACCAGUUCUUUCGAGUGUCUUUGGAACAGUGAUCAAACAAAGCCGAAUAGUUGCGCCUGCAUUUCGCUGUGCUUCGUAAACCGAAAGAGACUGAGUUGGUCGCAGUCUGGCAAUAUACGAUGUCUGUUGAUGAGUCAGCGCUUAAACUUGUCAGUAGAAACCGACUCUGACCUUGACUCAAGGAAUUUCUUCAGACCAGUUCACUUCUUUAUACUGUUUUUUUUUUUACUUUUAUCAAUCGUUUUUUUUUUUUUGUCGUCAGGGACAUGAUGUACAAAGCCUAAAAAGAGACAUUCAAAUUAUUUGGUUUGUGACAAAAGAGUGGAGACUUCCAGGUCUACUUCAUUCUGACACAAUAGUCUUGACAACGGUACUGAAUCUGGUACGUCUGAGGAGUGAUUAUUAACCUUCAAUUUCCGGAUGAGACAGUAGCUUUAUUCUAAAAGAAAAUAUCCUCUCGUUUGCUGGAGACUGUAAGAGGCUAGUGACAACUUGCAUUGUUCCUCACAAGGAAGUAAUUUAAGAGAUUUACGAUUUUUGUUGCGUUAUAUAUGUAGAGUGAGUCGCUCAUAUGACGUGUAAAGUAAACUGACACGGGUGCACAAUCUCCAUAUUGCACUGUGAAUCAUGUAGUUGUGACACAACCUGAAGGCUUCGUCAGCCCCUAGCGGUUACAUGUGAGAGUUAUAUUCAGUGUACAAAGUGUGUAAAUAUGUAUAUUUGAAGUAUAUGUUGAAUAAUUGAAUAAAGAUCACAGUUUUUCAUAUUCA